AUGGUAAAUGACACAUGGGGAAUCAUGAACAGCUCUUCAGAACUCGAAGAUGGACCUCGGCAUAAAAAUCAGCCGUUGUGUGAGUGUGUUCCCAGAGCCCCGCAGCUCAAACACCGCUGGUCAGACUCAGAACCAGCCAGAGAGCCCGCCCCCAAGAGAAUGAGCUGUAGCUACCUCCUGUGCACCAUCCUGCUCUUUGUGGCCGUCCUGCUGGCCGUUACCGUCACCGGCACCAUCCUCUUCAUGAACCACUACCAGGCCCCGUCCAUCUCCGACGGCCCGCCGCACAUCUCCACCAACCAGGACGAGGCCAACGCCCUUGUCACCGUGGAGAGGGGCGACGGCUCGCGCAUCAACAUCUUCAUCGACCCCAACUGUCCCGACUACAACGGCAACUUCCUGCGGCUGGAGGGCGUGCAGACCUCCCUACUGCACUCGCUGACCGACCACGACGCCGACCUCAAGUCGGUGAAGGGGCAGGACCGCGCCCUGCUGGUCAGCCUGGCCGAGGAGGUGGCCAAGCUGUCGGCCCACGCCGGCCAGCUCAAGAUGGACUAUGAGUCCCUCCGGCGGGGCCAGGGCAGCCUGGGCCAGGACUUGAACACGCUGCAGACGGAGCAGGGCCGCCUCAUACAGCUGCUGUCUGACAGCCAGAUCAACAUGGUGAAGGUGGUGAACUCGGUGAGUGACGCACUCAACGCCAUGCAGAAGGAGAACGUGGGGCUGAAGGCCCGUGUGAAGGCCGACCUGCAGCGGGCACCGGUCAGGGGGGUGCGCCUCAAAGGCUGCUCCAACGGCUCCCGCCCCAGGGACUGUGGGGACCUCUACGCCAGCGGCCAGAGGGAGGACGGCAUCUACUCCGUGUUCCCGGUGCACCACCCCGCAGGCUUCCAGGUCUACUGCGACAUGACCACGGAUGGAGGCGGCUGGACGGUCUAA